AUGGAUAUCAAUACCAAUGAAACCACUCUACCACUGAAUAAGGAGACUACCAGAAUAACCCAUUCCAACAUUAGUGCAGUCGUAGGCCUAAUGCACUGUCUAAUCAUGGGAAUGGUAUUCCAGUCUUCCACGACACUCGUAGAAGACAGCUUCAUCAGAAAUGCGGCCCUCUGCCUCUUCACGGCCGCCGUAUUCGGAAACCUCCUUGCCACUCUCAUCAAACUGGAGUGCACUGCCUCGUUCAUCCUCAUCGACAGCAUUUUCAGCACCGUCACUGCUGCCAGAAUCUACUUCAACUCAAAAAUGACUCUUCUUCUGGUGGUGCUCCUUUUCACCCCGUAUGGAGUUGCAAUAGGCUACAUGAUGAAUAUCGUACCAGUCUACAUCCUACAGACUGCUUCUGACAAGUACAGGGUCCUUCUGCUCAACUCAAUUGGUGGCCUCGGAAUUGUAGGCGGAUUCAUCCUCUUCAGAAAUGCCCAGGAUCUCAUCUCACUAACUACCGCCUUUGGCCUCAUUCUUGGAACCAGCCUCCUCUUUGGCCUCUUCAUGGGCCUGGCUGGAAAGAGAGUCAGACUCAACACAGGCAGGAAGUUCGAUCUAAGAAACCUCACUGACAUCUUCUCCAAUGGCCCCAACUCAGCCGCAAUAAUAAUUCUAGCCAUGGUCUCAAACAACUACGCUGGAAUCAACUACAUCGUCUUCAACAGCACGACCAUCUUCAAGGACUCCAACGCCCUCCUCGUCUUCAACCUGGUCAACUUCUUUGCUCAGUUUGUGACGUAUCUCGGAUACCUCUGCACCUUCAAAUUUGGUCGAAAGCAGCUGAUGCUCUUUUCAUCUGCUGCCUGCUUAGUUGGAAACCUGGCAUUUCUGCUCUCUGACAUCCGCUACCACCGCUACAUCUCGUUCUUCUUCAUCCUCAGCUACAAUCUUGGACUAGGAAAUAUCCCAUUUGUGCUGACUUGUGAGGUGUUUCCGCCUCAUGUCCUGCAAGAAGGGUCAAUGAUUGGAUCAUCGGCCAACUUCCUGGGUGGUUUGCUCUUCUCUCUCACAUUCUCUAGUACUGGUAAGACUGGAUUUAUUGUAAGCAUGGUUUAUCUAGCACUAAGUGGCCUAUACUUUGCAGUAUUCAUGAAGGAAACAAAAGGGCAGAAAGAAGGAAAGUAUCAAUAA